AUGGCCUCCUUAAAUUACUACUCUCUUCCUGGUUUCGGCGACAAGUGUCGGGAGAAGUACGGAUUCAGCGACUCCUGCGUCAUUGGAAAUCGCAUAUUUACUACUGGCCAGACCGGAAUUCACCCCGAAACGCUGAAAACAUCCCCGGUCUUUGAGGAGGAAGUUGCCCAGGCAUUUUCUAACAUCAACGAUGUCAUUUUGCAUACACUCAGCAAGGCCAAUAUCUCGGCCGAUCCGAAACAGCAAGGCUGGGACCAUGUUGUGAAGAUCCGGGCAUUCAUCGUUGGACUAUCCAGCAUUCGCGAAGAAGCAAGGGAGAAAAUGGUGGAUAAUAUCAAGAAGUGGUGCCCCAAUCACCAGCCACUUUUCACCAUGGUCGGAAUCGAGAGCCUGCCAUUUCCUGAGCAUCAUGUUGAGAUUGAAGUUGAUGCGUGGGUUGAAUAG